AAGACCACCAUUCCCGAGAGUAUCAUCGAGUUUAUUCAGCUACGGANGCUGUGCACCCUCAGCUAUGGGAAGGUGAAGCUGGUGCUAAAGCACAACCGCUACUACGUCGAGUCGACCUUUCCCGAGGUGAUCCAGCGACUGAUCAAGGACCCGGUCAUUAUGCGAUGUCGGGUGCGCCGAGAGGAGGCCGGCGAUGAGCUGAUCACUGGCUCCAUCUCUACCCGGGCCAACUUUGCCGGCGAAAAGAGCUCCACCGCUGCUGAGGCUACGGGAGACCCUUCUGCCACUACUACCGGGAAGAAGCCCGACAACCUGCCCGAGGACAUCUUCAACUUUUACGAGCGCAUGGAGCAGGACGACGAGGAGCCGGAGGACAUUGAGACGGUCAGCUUCGAGGUGAACCAGUCGGAGAUUGAGACGAUCCAGAAGCGGUGCAUCGAGCUGGAGUACCCGCUGCUGGCCGAGUACGACUUUAAGAACGACACCCGCAACCCCGACAUGAACAUUGACCUGAAGCCGAACGCCACGCUGCGCCCCUACCAGGAGAAGAGCCUCCGGAAGAUGUUUGGCAACGGCCGUGCCCGCUCCGGCGUCAUUGUCCUGCCCUGUGGCGCGGGCAAGUCCCUCGUCGGCGUGACCGCCUGCUGCACCGUUCGCAAGCGCUGUCUGGUGCUCUGCAACUCCUCGGUCUCGGUGGAGCAGUGGCGGAUGCAGUUCAAGCUGUGGAGCACCGCCGACGACAGCAUGAUCUGCCGCUUCACCUCGGACGCCAAGGACAAGCCGAUCGGCAGCAGCAUCCUCAUCACCACCUACUCGAUGAUCACCCACACGCAGAAGCGCUCCUACGAGGCGAACCAGGUGAUGGACUGGCUGAAGGACCAGGAGUGGGGGCUGAUGCUGCUGGACGAGGUGCACACCAUCCCCGCGAAGAUGUUCCGCCGGGUGCUCACAAUCGUGCAGGCGCACGCCAAGCUCGGCCUGACGGCGACGCUGGUGCGCGAGGACGACAAGAUCGCCGACCUCAACUUUCUCAUCGGCCCGAAGCUGUACGAGGCCAACUGGCUGGAGCUGCAGUCCAAUGGCUUCAUUGCCCGCGUGCAGUGCGCCGAGGUGUGGUGCCCGAUGCACCCGGAGUUCUACCGAGAGUACCUCGCCGCAAAGACCAUGAAGAAGAUGCUCUUUUACGUGAUGAACCCGAACAAGUUUCGCGUCUGCCAGUUCCUCAUAAAGUACCACGAGCGGCGCAACGACAAGAUCAUCGUCUUCAGCGACAACAUCUUUGCGCUGGUCAGCUACGCCAAAGCGAUGGGCCGCCCCUACAUCUACGGGCCGACGUCACAGGGCGAGCGGCUGCAGAUUCUGCAGAACUUUCAGUUUAACCCCAAGCUGAACACCAUCUUCGUCUCGAAGAUUGCCGACACCAGCUUCGACCUGCCCGAGGCCAAUGUCCUCAUUCAGGUCAGCUCCCACGGCGGCAGUCGGCGGCAGGAGGCGCAGCGCCUGGGCCGCAUUCUGCGCGCGAAGAAGGGCAUGGUGACGGAGGAGUACAACGCCUACUUUUACUCGCUCGUCUCGCAGGACACCCUGGAGAUGCAGUACUCCCGGAAGCGGCAGCGCUUUCUGGUGAACCAGGGCUACGCCUACAAGGUCAUCACCACCAUCAAGGGCAUGGAGGAGGCGGAGCUGCUGUACGGCAGCAAGGAGGAGCAGAUGGCCCUGCUCCAGCAGGUGCUCCAGGCCAACGACGCCGACGGCGAGGAGGAGAAC